AUGCCCAGUGAUAAUGAGUUUCCCUGUUCCCAGAAUGUGAAGCGUGUGGCCAUGAUCAUCUGGAAGGUUGUGAUUCUGCUUUUUCUACUUUGGAUCUUCAUGUGCUCCCUCGACUUACUGAGCACCUCCUUCAGAUUGGUCUGGGGAGGCCAGGCGGGACGCAUCUUCCAUGAGGGUGAGCUUCUGCACAACCCUAUCGUGGGACUCAUGUUAGGGGUGUUGGCCACGGUGUUGGUCCAGUCUUCCUCUACCUCUACGUCGGUAAUCGUCACUAUGGUCGGAACGCACCUGAUAAAUGUGCGUGACGCCGUGCCUAUCAUCAUGGGCACCAACAUCGGCACCUCCAUCACCAACACAGUUGUGUCCCUGUGCCACUCUUUCGAUGGAGAAGAAUUCCACAGGGCCUUUGCUGGUGCAACCGUCCAUGAUAUGUUCAACUGGCUGGUCGUUAUUGUUCUCCUACCAUUAGAGGUCGCAACAGGUUACUUAGAAAAACUGACCGGUGCCAUCAUGGGAUCUGGUGAGUGGUUCCAUACGGAUGGAGGAGUUCAGAAACAAGGCUUUGUGCAGACCAUCACAAAGCCCGUCACCUUGUUGAUAGUACAGGUGGACAAGAAAAUUUUAGAGAAGAUAGCUUCGGGGCAGUUGAAUGAAACUGAGAAAAUUUCUCUCUUGAAGGUUUGCUCCCAGAAUGGAACCAAAAGGCCUUGUGGUUACCUUCUGGAAAAUAUCGCUGGAUCGGAUUUCAUAUUGGGAUUAUGUCUGCUGAUUGUAUCUCUCCUACUGCUGUGUGGUUGUCUCGUAACUCUAGCCAAGGUGCUACAUUCAUGUAUGGGUGGUCCUGUUGCCUCUCAACUACGACACAUCAUCAAUAUCGAGCCACCCUGGCCUUAUCAUUUGCUUACCGGCUGGGUAGCAAUGGCCCUCGGGUGUGCUCUCACUGUCCUGGUGCAGUCAAGCUCCGUCUUCACAUCUGCUCUCACACCACUGGCAGGCAUGGGGCUGGUGUCCUUGGAGCGCCUCUAUCCACUCACUUUGGGUUCAAACUUAGGCAGUACGGCCACGGGACUACUAGCUGCUUUCGCUGCACCACCAGCCACAAUAAAGGACACAUUGCAGAUUGCCUUUUGUCAAUUGUUCUUCAAUCUUUCUGGGAUCAUCCUCUUCUAUCUCAUACCAGCUACCCGCCUACCUAUUAUGCUUGCCAAAAUGUUGGGCGAGAUGAGCAGCCGAUACCGAUGGUUCAGCCUUUUAUACCUCUUGGUAAUGUUUCUUCUACUCCCCUCAUUUGUACUUGGACUCUCAGUAGCUGGGCCGCAAGUCUUUGCAGGUGUGGGAGGACCACUGCUAGUGCUGAUCGUUAUUAUAGGGGUAAUAAACGUCCUGCAGCGCAAGCGACCAUCGCUGCUACCCUUGAAAUUGCGAGACUGGUCCUUCUUACCAGAGUGGAUGCACUCUCUAGACCCGUUAGACAGAGUUAUUGGGCAUAUCUGUUGCUGUCCGCAAAGCGAGAGACAAGAUUCCUCAGUUCCGGACGUAAUUCCCAACCAGAUUGAAAUGGACAUUCUUCAGCCAGUUUCGGCGUCUUUCCCCGUGUUCACGCUGAACUCGUCAAGUGUGUCCGACCCCCAUACUUUGAAUGGAGUCGGAAACUCGUUUCCGGAGAGAUUCUAAAACCCCUGAAGACGAAAAAGUUCAAUAAGAGCUAUAUCAAACCACAUUAGGAUUUCUGGGAUACAGCCGCUUUCCUGUGACAAUCCCUCGUAUGAGCAGAUAUUUGCCUUGUGACAAAAGUGUUCUUAUUUAUAAGCUGUUUUUAUAAGAUUUGUAAUUGCAUAAGCUAUAU